AUGCCCACUACUCGGUCACAAGCUGCAUCUUCGUGUAUAACUGCAAAUGUACUCGCCGAUCGCUCCACUCAACCACCGAAUAAUCCAGCUUCGAUCAAUGAGGACAUCGAUGAAAGUAUCGCGAUGUUGAUGGGCUAUGUUGAUGAUUUGAAAUCGUCAACUGAUAUCAGACUCACAUCGAAAUUUAUUGCCGAUAAAUACUCAUUGAACGUUGCGCCAACUGAUGGCAAGAUCGAAGAUGAGCAUUAUUCAAAUGAACAUUUCCCUCGGUCGAAGCCAUACACUCAUCACAACCACCUUAUCAGUGACAAAUCUUUCCAUGAUAAACCAGUAAUUAGCUGCUAAUCGUUACCUUCCUCUCCUUCAUCACCAUUAUGCAAUUCCAAUCAAAUCCCUCUAUGCAAUGGUCAUCUAUGCCAUGAAAAAAUAUCUUCACCGCUCGAUCAUAUCAGUACUAACAAUGGUACCAGUCAACCAGAUUACGUCAACGUACCUGGUAAAUCUCAAACAUAUUCCACUACAGUCACACUCCUGCAACGCUCUAUAUCCCCACAACAAGUAUUCAACAACAUCGAUCACUCCGAGUCUCCACCAUCAAUAACAAAUAUUGAUCUAUCCACAUCUCCACCGCAAUCGUCCUCGCAUUCUGAACACUCCACUUUACCAACUCCGCCAGCAUGUAAUCGUUUAUCGCGAACUUUUGGUAGUUGUGAGCAAAUCAACCCUAACACUGGUAACGUCGAUCAGGAUAAUGGUCGAACAUUCGCAUUAACAAAACGAUUUAUUGAAGAAGAAGCGAUUGAAAGUUGUCGUUGGCUUCGUGACGCUGGCUUUCCUCAGUAUGCACGAUUCUAUGAAGAAGGCCGAUUCCCGAUCGAUCUUCGUUCAGUGAAGCGCGAUCACGAGUUUUUGGAUAUUGAUUCGUUGAGGGCACUUUUCAGACGUUUGAAUUCACUUAACCGAUGUGCAAUAAUGCAGAAAGAAAAUGUCGUCCUAAGGAAACAUUCCAGUCGCUUUGGUGAAACUUUAUUGGAUCGUUCGGAUGGUGAAUCAAACCGAUUGGCUGCUCAGUGUGAUGACGAUGAUCAAAUCGCUAUCUCAGAUCGUUGGAAGUAUCAACGGAAGUCGCAGUCUUGGUCUAGAACAAAUGGUCAGCAGUUAUCCGCGAUUGUUCUUUUUUGUGAAGUAGCUGGAAGGAUGCUGAGAAGAGAGCACGCAAGACCCGAACGUGAAGAGAGUAUUAGCCCAAGUUGCAACCUACGGGAGCUAUCUGCUCAUUGUGAUCAUGAUGCAAAUUUGACUGACAACCAUGAAGAACACCCAAAAUUAGCACUGAAUUCGAAUACGCAAUUUGUGAACAGUAAAGUGGCAAGUGUUCAACGAUCUCAAAGUGAGCGUUUAAAGGAAAGAGCGAAAGCUUUCAUGAAACGAGUUGAUGCUCGUUGGUCAUCAAGGCAUCGCCGAAUACGCGAAGGUAUAUCGUGUGACCGCGACCGCGAUCGUCGUAAAGCAUCCAGUCGAGAACCGAUCAUCGGAAAUCCCGUCCUCAUAUCGCACUUCUCGGCCAGUCCAAGACCAAUGCGUAUGUUCCCGAUCACAAAUCAACUUGUUGACAAUGACCGACCAUCCAAUAAUCUAGCCGUCGAUCCCUCGACGCUCUGCCAAGCUCGUCUCCAUAAUAAAUCGUCAUGCAGCAAUCCGAAUCAAAACAUUCCUCAUUCUAAUAACGCCACCAGUCGUCGUAUGGGAAUGAUAAUGUUAUCACCGAGCGCAGAUUCAUCAUCUGCAGAGGAUAGUUUUAUUGAAUCGAAUCGGGUUGCAGAGGUGGCUGGCUGGUGUACGAAUCGAACCGAUCCUGGUGUUGUUCCAGCAGUACUCCGGUCAUUCCAAUCAAGCGAUUACGCGAACAGAUCGCGAGUGAUCAGAAAUGAUUAUGAUAAUCAUCGUUAUGCCCCAUCAAACUCAAUCGCAUCUCAGCUACUCAAUUCACCAUCACCCCAUAACAAUAACAAUCAUACAGAAACUCAACAGCUUCACUACUAUACAACACCAAGUUGCAGUUCACCUGAGUUCUCAUCGUGUGAAUCAAAACAGAUCUUCAAAGUCCCUAACACUCCAACACUUCAAAGGGUUAUCGAUCAUGCAGCUGUUAUCGAUCAAGAAACGAGUUAUGAUAAUAUGAUGAUGACAUUUUCUAAUGCUGAAAUGAUGUUACCUACUAAUGCUAGCAGUCCUCCUCAGUCCAAAUCAACCUUUUACACGCCACUGCCAUCAGAACGAUGUAAAUUGAUCGUCAAUGCGGAUGGUUACUACGAGCAUAUUCCGGAUAAUCAGUGCUUCGAUAAAGCGGGUAUGGUUGAACUGGAUGCCACCACAUCGAACGCUUCGUCAUCAGUGUUCAUCUCUCAGCCAUCCACAUCUUCAUCAUCCACUUGGAGUAGUUCAUGUAACUUCAAUCGAUUUCAUAAGGAUAGCACAACUGUAAAAGAUGAACGAAAUUUAUCGAGAAUUGUUACGAAUGGUAAUGAUGCUUGGAAUAAUGUCCAUAAUGCUAGUGCAUUCGGCUCAUCAUUCAAAAUGAUUGGUGGGUAUGAUCCGGGUGUGAUGGUGAAUGACACCGCUGUAAUAAUUCCACAGCGGCGAGAUUCAGGCGUUGGCUCGAGCUUAUCGCGCUCACCGAGCGGACCAACAACACAGCGACAAAUCAGAUCCAGUCUGACCCGACCGUUUUGGAGUAACAAUGAUAAUAGUUCAAGCAAAACAAGAUAUGACACAGCAACAACGUCGAAUUUAUCAACUUCAAUCAAUUGUGUUGCUGCUGUUCAAGGAUCAGAGAAUUACCAUGCGUUCAUCGACAACACUCAUCUUCCGCACUCAAUUGAUGCAUUGAGUGUCACUCAAAUCGUAACUUAUCCUUACUAUCGCCUUCUUAAUAUAUAUUGUGGCCAUAUAAGAUUUCGAAAGUUGGCAUUCCUAAAGUUAUCAGCCCUAAUGGAACGUUACGUUGGUAAUGCGAUACAGUUAGAUGCAUCUUCGGUGGACACGGCAAAUAAUGCAAACAUGAAAAAUUGGACUCUGAAUAAAUUCUUGAAGAAAAUGCGAACGAAUGAUACCAAAUCAAUGAAUAGUGAAGUGUCGUCGUGUGUAUUCGGAAUGCCAUUAUCAAUGGUGUAUAGUCGAAGUGGUCUAUCGCUGCCAAGAGGUAUUCUUCAAUUGAUGCACUUCCUUUCAACGGAUCGUAUUGUUGAUACUGUUGGUAUAUUCCGUAAGAAUGGAGUGCGUUCGCGAAUCGCUGAACUCAGAGCAAAAUGCGAUGUGGCUCCCGAUCAAGACGUAUUUCCUCAUUCGAAAGGACUUGACUCACUUUUGGUUCAUGAUAUGGCCGACAUGUUGAAGCAAUACUUCCGCGAACUUCCCGAAUCGUUGAUGACUGCAAAAUAUUCGCAAUUAUUCGCCAAUAUUUAUUUAUAUUUACCCAGUCAGCAUCGUUUGAAAGCACUUCAGCGUGCGGUACUCUUAUUGCCAGAUGAGAAUCGCGAGGCACUUCAAACAUUGCUAUUCUUCUUGCAUGAUGUUGCAUCGCAUUCAUCUGCGAACAACAUGAAUGCUCAAAAUUUGGCUGUUUGUUUGGCUCCGUCUCUUUUUCAUUUGAGCACUGUACGACUGAACAGGAUGAGUCCAGCAAGACGUCAUAAAACAAUCGGUGCGAGUGGAAUGCCCACAGAGCGUGAAAUGAAAGAAUCACGAGCAUCACAAGAAUGUUUGGCGCAAAUGAUUGAUUCAGCUCUUGAAUUAUUCAUUCUGAAUAAAUCUGAUCAAGAUUGCGAUUACAAUAUCAAUUCAUCGCUUGUGAAUGAUAUCAGUGGUUACGAUUAUGAAAACGAUGCUGACGAUUAUCAGCUUGAGUUACCCUUUCUUAAUGAACUUGGCAUUGCUGAUGGCGGUAAUUACAGAACUUAUCUCAUACAAAAAGCCAUGCAGCUUAUUAAGGAGCAUAACGAACGAUGGAAGGGUUGGAUUGUGGAGGGUUUGAUAGAUGGUGUUGAAAUAUCAACGAAGAAGGCAGAUGAUGGUCAUGUGCUCCGUUAUUUCCGUGUCUGGACUGAUAUUGAAGCACCACCGAAGCAGUUACUUUUGCGUUUAAUGAAACAAAGGAAUGUAUGGGAUCGGUCAGUGAUAAAUUGGCGAAGUGUGGCGUCUUUGAACGAUGAAGAUUGUGAUUUGUAUCAGUACGUGCUGAACGAUACACCAGCACAUCCAACCAGGGAUGUGCUUGUUGUCAGGUUAUGGAAAACGGAAUUGAAAGAGUUGCGGGGAGGUUGCGUUCUAAUCGAACGUUCAGUGCGUUCAAGUGAGACUCAGUUGCUCGGUGCUAUUCCAGCCGUUGCGCUCGCAUCUNGGACGUUCUCGUAUCACUUACAUUAG